AUGAGAGUCUGGAUUGUGGUCGAAGGCAGAAUAUGUAGCCUCUUUCUUUUCUGUCUUGUUUGCAGCAAGAAAGCCUGCAAGUAUUUUGAUCAGGGAAAAGGAACAUGUCCUUUUGGUGGAAAAUGUUUGUACCUGCAUGCUUAUCCAGAUGGCAGAAGAGCAGAGCCAGAAAAACCCCGCAAGCAGCUUAGCUCGGAAGGCAGCGUGCGGUUCUUGAACUCUGUGCGGCUGUGGGACUUCAUUGAAGAGCGGGAACACCGUGGUGUGCCCCAGUAUGAAGACCAGGUGGAAGAACUGAGUGAACUGUUCAUGGAGCUGCAAGGGCCAGCUGAUGAUGAUGAGGGUGUUGUAGCCAGCCACUAAUUCACAGCUCUCGCGUCAUUUCUGGAUGCCCAUGAUGUGAUUUGCACACCCUUCUCAGUAUUACUAGCGGUGAAAACAAUGCUGAGAAAUAAAAACCAUGUCACUGUAAUUUAA